AUGUCUCAACAAGAAAACACGCCUGGUCGCAGACUACGGUCAGAACGUCGCCAUAGCACGGUACCUGUGGAAGAUGAGCCAACCAGAAAAUGGUCCCACGAAGAGGUUGUGUCUCACAGACUUGCAGGUGGGAGAAAGACUUUAGAUCAACUCAGGAUUGUUAUCGAAUCUUCCCUCGAUGAGUACUUCGAAAAGGAAUCCACCAAGGAUUGGGCCGCUGUCAUCAAAAGAGUCGCCAUUUCUCUCCCUCAUAGUUUGUAUGAGCUCAGAAGUGAAGCUUAUCGAACUCUGCAGCCAGAUAUCUAUCCCUAUGAUGAUGAAGCAGAUCGGCAAUAUGUUGGCAAGGCUAAGGAACACCAAGAGUCGGAACAGCCACAAAGAAUGGAUCCGUGGCCAAGGCUCAAGCGUUGUGUCGUCACUGAUAGUGAGGACGAAGAGAUUGUAAAGCCUGCAGAAAAGAAGGCAAAGACCGAGACCGACGCAAACAUUGUACAAGAGUCUGCGCAUGACUCGUUCACAAGUCAAGCUCUUUCGGAGCCACACAGCCUACCAGGUUCAGUUAUUACACCACAGGCCCCGGAGGAAGCCCAAGAAUUUGAUACUGUCCCCGAAGUUUUUACAGCCCUUGACUCAGAGACCAAAUCUGAGCGUAGUCGAGAUGUCGACAUGGAUGGACUGAAGGAGGAGAUCAAGGCUUGGACAGAGCAGAACAGGAAAACGCAGAAAUGGCUGAAAGAGGCUGAGGAAAUGAAAGCGUCAGCAGUUAGGCUCCAACGUAAGGUAUCGACCGGAAGAAGCCUAUUCAAAAGAUCGCUAGAAGAGCUGAAAGUCCAGAAUAGGUUUAUUCAAGACAAGGAUAAGCAAAUCAAACAGCUUUGCUUAGCCAAUUCCGAAAAAGAUCUUAUCAUAAUACGUCAUCAAGAAGACCUCAGAAAAGCAAAUGCCGCAAAUCGGCCUCAUGGAAAUGAGUCCCCAACGAUUCAGAUACUUCAACAAGAACUUUCGGAGAGAGAUGGCCAGAUUCGAAACCUGGACUUGAGAGUUAAUCAAGAGAAGCAUUUGAGAACUGCAGCUGAUCGAAGAGCGGAUCAAAGUGCGAGACAGAGCCAGAGGGCGGGUCAGCAGUAUCAAAAUGUUCUCGAGUAUAGCAGGACUGAGUACCAGAAAGCUUUGACCCUCAAACAACGGCUGGUUAGCACGGAGAGUCGAUUGAAGGCUGCUCAGAUGAGGGAGCAGCUUCAUUUCGCGGAAGACGAGAGACGGCUCCAGGAGAGGAAGGCGGCGAUGCAACACCGGGGUGGUGCUGGAAACGUCAAGUAG